AUGGAAGAGAAGGACGCAGAAUCUCCUGGAACUGACAAGAGAGCAAGGAAAGGCCCCCAUCCCAUCCAGGCUGGGAGUGGUGUUGAAUUCUGGGAAAGAGCUGUGCCAGAAAUCCUGGCUCAGGACACUGUGAUCACUGAUGAACAUUGCCAGCGUUUCCGGCACUUCUGCUACCAUGAGGCUGAUGGGCCCCGAGAGCUUUGCAGCCAGCUCCAUAAACUUUGCAACCGCUGGCUGAAGCCGGAGAGGCACACCAAGAAGCAAAUCGUGGACCAGGUGAUCCUGGAGCAGUUCCUGAUCUUCCUGCCCUCGGAGAUGGAGAGCUGGAUGUGCCGACCCUCUGUGAAGAUGGAAGCUAACUUCUCUGAGGCGGAAGGAGCUUCAUCAGAGGACGGGCAGAGAGGGCAGGUCCAGUUGGAGGCGACCCAAAAGAAGGGGAAGGAGAUGGAAGAGAAGGACGCAGAAUCUCCUGGAACUGACAAGAGAGCAAGGAAAGGCCCCCAUCCCAUCCAGGCUGGGAGUGGUGUUGAAUUCUGGGAAAGAGCUGUGCCAGAAAUCCUGGCUCAGGACACUGUGAUCACUGAUGAACAUUGCCAGCGUUUCCGGCACUUCUGCUACCAUGAGGCUGAUGGGCCCCGAGAGCUUUGCAGCCAGCUCCAUAAACUUUGCAACCGCUGGCUGAAGCCGGAGAGGCACACCAAGAAGCAAAUCAUGGACCAGGUGAUCCUGGAGCAGUUCCUGAUCAUCCUGCCCUCGGAGAUGGAGAGCUGGAUGUGGCGACCCUCUGUGAAGAUGGAAGCUAACUUCUCUGAGGCGGAAAGAACUUCAUCAGAGGACGGGCAGAGAGUGCAGGUCCAGUCUCCAGCUUCCUUUGAGGAUGUGUCUGUGUAUUUCACCGAGGCAGAGUGGGCCUUGCUGGAUCCUGGCCAAAAAGUUCUCUACAUUGAAGUCAUGCUGGAGAUCUAUGAGAGCAUGGCCUGUCUGGGGGAGAAACCUUUUGAAUGCACAGAGUGUGGAAAGAAAUUCACUACAAGUUCCGGUCUUCAAAAGCAUCUAAGAACCCACACAGGGGAGAAACCUUUUGACUGCUCAGACUGUGGAGAGAAAUCAUUUCAGUGCUCAGAGUGUGGAAAGAAAUUCAGUCACAGUUCCAGUCUUCAAAAGCAUCUAAGGACCCACACAGGGGAGAAACUAUUUGAGUGCCCAGAAUGUGGAAAGAAAUUCACUGUGAGUUCCAGUCUUCAAAUGCAUCUAAGGACCCACACAGGGGAGAAACCUUUUAAAUGCUCAGAAUGUGGAAAGAGAUUCAGUCACAGUGGCACUUUUCACGUACAUCUAAGGACCCACACAGGGGAGAAACCUUUUGAAUGCUUAGUGUGUGGAAAGAAAUUCAGUCACAAUUCCAGUCUUCAACAGCAUCAAAGAACCCACACAGGGGAGAAACUAUUUGAGUGCCCAGAAUGUGGAAAGAAAUUCACUGUGAGUUCCAGUCUUCAAAUGCAUCUAAGGACCCACACAGGGGAGAAACUAUUUGAGUGCCCAGAAUGUGGAAAGAAAUUCACUGUGAGUUCCGGACUUCAAAGGCAUCUAAGGACCCACACUGGGGAGAAACCUUUCGAAUGCUCAGAAUGUGGCAAGAAAUUCACUGUGAGUUCCAGUCUACAAGUGCAUCUAAGAACCCACACAGGGGAGAAACCUUUUGACUGCUCAGACUGUGGCAAGAAAUUCACUACAAGUUCCAGUCUUCAAAUGCAUCUAAGAACCCAUACAGGAGAGAAAUCAUUUCAGUGCUCAGAGUGUGGAAAGAAAUUCAAUCAGAGCAGCAAUCUUCAACAGCAUCUAAGAACCCACGCAGGUGAGAAACUUUUUAAAUGCUCAGAAUGUGGAAAGAGAUUCAGUCACAGUGGCACUUUUCACGUACAUCUAAGGACUCACACAGGGGAGAAACCUUUUGAAUGCACAGAGUGUGGAAAGAAAUUCACUACAAGUUCCGGUCUUCAAAAGCAUCUAAGAACCCACACAGGGGAGAAACCUUUUGACUGCUCAGACUGUGGCAAAAGAUUCAGACGAAGUGACGCUCUUCAGGAGCAUCAAAGAACCCAUACAGGAGAGAAAUCAUUUCAGUGCUCAGAGUGUGGAAAGAAAUUCAGUCACAGUUCCAGUCUUCAAAAGCAUCUAAGGACCCACACAGGGGAGAAACUAUUUGAGUGCCCAGAAUGUGGAAAGAAAUUCACUGUGAGUUCCAGUCUUCAAAUGCAUCUAAGGACCCACACAGGGGAGAAACCUUUUAAAUGCCCAGAGUGUGGAAAGAAAUUCACUACAAGUUCCGGUCUUCAAAUUCAUCUAAGAACUCACACAGGGGAGAAACCUUUUGAAUGCCCAGAGUGUGGAAAGAAAUUCACUACAAGUUCCGGUCUUCAAAUUCAUCUAAGAACUCACACAGGGGAGAAACCUUUUGAAUGCCCAGAGUGUGGAAAGAAACUCACCUCAAGUUCCAGUCUUCAAAAGCAUCUAAGAACCCACACAGGAGAGAAACCUUUUGAAUGCCCAGAGUGUGGAAAGAAAUUCACUACAAGUUCCAGUCUUCAAAUUCAUCUAAGAACCCACACAGGGGAGAAACCUUUUGACUGCUCAGACUGUGGAAAGAGAUUCAGUCGAAGUGACACUCUUCAGCAGCAUCAAAGAACCCAUACAGGAGAGAAAUCAUUUCAGUGCUCAGAGUGUGGAAAGAAAUUCAAUCAGAGCAGCAAUCUUCAACAGCAUCUAAGAACCCACCAAGGGGCCUCACAGCUGUGA